ACAUUGACAUUCAAUAAGAAAAAAUCAAACUGUAAACAAACUUUGCUUCAGAAGAAUAUUUUCCAAUUCAAAAUUAUUUCUAAAAUUAGAUCAAUUUCCUUUUCACCAAUUCAUUGUUUAAAGCUUAUUUGUAAGCAGCCAGUUGUAUUUCUUGUGAUCACACGGACACGAUAUACCAUGGCCGAGGUUACAAGUAACUCCAAUUCUAACCUAUCACCACCGCCUAAUAAUAAAACUUUAGAUAAAGAUAGGCCUAAGCUAAAAGUCCUUGCUUUUCACGGGUACAGACAGAACGGUGCUGUUUUCAGAGCAAAAAUUGGGUCAUUCCGAAAGGCCGUAGCUAAGUACGCGCAAUUGACUUUCAUAUCGGCUCCUCAUCGGGUUUACAAUGAGGAUGGUGGAGGAGACGAAGAUUCUCGUUCCUGGUGGUUCAACGCAGAAGACAACACAUUCAGUGGGAAGUGUCUCGGCGGGCCGGCUAUUGGUUUUGAGAGUACAUUGAAACUUAUUGAGAAGACAGUGUCAGAACACGGGCCAUUCCAUGGGUUCAUGGGCUUCUCGCAAGGGGCCUGUCUGGUUGGAUUGCUUGCUGCUAUGCAGCAGAAAGGAUAUUUACCAUACAACUUCAAAUUUGCAAUAUUUGCAUCAGGUUUCCGGUCUGGGAGCUUAGUUCACAAAGGUUUUUAUGAUGAAGAGAUCAGUUUACCUUCAUUGCAUGUGUAUGGCGAGAGUGAUUCUAUCAUACCAAAAGAAAUGAGUGAGUCACUAAUAAACCUAUUUAUAAAACCAGUGGUGGCUGAACAUUCCGGUGGGCAUUAUGUAGCUUGCUCUGGCUCAAUCAAGGACGCAUACCUGGACUUCCUCCAUGACAGAUAUCAAGAUUUAUUAGAAGAAAUUAAGGAAAAGGAUGGAGUUAGCCAUGAGCUUAGUUGAAUUCUUAAAUUGAAUAUAAUUGUGAGCAAAAUUAAAAUGUUCUGCAAAACUAUUGCAAAAUCUUAAUUUUUAAGUUAUUUCAGAUCUUUGAUGUGAAUGCAGCAAAUUAUAAUCUUCAGAUUUGUGACCCAAAAGCUAACUAUUGAAGUUUUCUUAUAUAAAAAUAAUUCUGUAAAUAAAAUACAAAUAUCGAAUAAAGUGCAAUG